CACACAAAAAAAAACUACACAGCUAUCGCAUGCUCAGCCCACAAAGAGAAAUAGUAUUGGAGAGGCAGGGCAGCGGGGCAGAGGUGCAGAUGAAAAGAGCCUAGAGAAAAUACUUCUUCAAGCUCUGAUAUACAACUACCAGACCUCCAAAGUAAAAAUGGAUGGACAGAAGCAGUGGACAAGGGUGGCCGUGAUGGCACUCCUGGUGCUAACGGUGAUGGCAGCUGAAGGAGGCAAAGCAGAGAAACAAGGGAAGAAGGAGCGCAAGUCGGACUGUGGGGAGUGGCAGUGGAGUGUGUGUGUAGCCAACGAAGGCGACUGUGGACUCGGCACCAGGGAGGGAACACGAACCGGCACCGACUGCAAGCAGACCAUCAAGACCCAGCGCUGCAAGAUCCCCUGCAACUGGAAGAAGAAGUUUGGAGGGGAAUGCAAGUACGACUUCCAGGCUUGGGGGGAGUGUGAUCUGGCGACGGGCAAGAAGAACAGGACGGGUGUGCUGAAGCGAGCGCUCAUGGAUGCGACCUGCGCCGCCACUGUCACAGCCACCAAGCCCUGUGGGAAAAUCCCCAAGACUAAGCUGCAAGAUGCAAAGAAGCAAAAGAAGGAAGGCAAGAAGCGAGAGCGCACCCAAAUGGACUGAUGAGGUUGUUUGUCGCGGGGAGGAAGGAAGAACGAUGUCCACUGCCCUAUUUCAACACGGUUCCUCUUUGUAUGUCCUGUAGGUUGACUGUAGGAGCCAGUAGAGCUUUGACAAAACCAGUGGAAAUAUGACUUUUAGUGACACUUUUUCUUCUCUGUAGCACCUGAUAAACGAUUUGUAUGUUGCGAUAGGAGACGUAAUGCUCAGCGGUAGGGACGAAUAAUGAAUAUGGAAGAUUUGUUUACUAGUGUUCUCACCUAAUGAUGUUAUUUCUAGGAUUAUUUUCUUACAAACAAAUUGGAUAGGAUUUGUUGCAUAGCCUAACUCUAAUUUGGAAAACUCUUUGGUCCAAGACUCGACUUAAUGAAGCGUUUUGAGAAAAGUCGAGCUCUAAACAUCUUCACUUAAUUAAUCUGAGCAAAAAAAAAAAGUGCAUUUGCAAUUUUUCCAAGUGUCUCAAGUUAAUGGUAAAGCUUUCCCCCAUUACUCUGUUCUAUAUGAUAUUUUUCUUCCAUUUCCAGUAAGAAUAAAUAGUUAGUUCUGUCUGGAGGCUGCAUGAAUAGCAACUGUCCAAGUGUGCAAACUGCUAUUGUUUCUAGUGUGUUUUCCUCCUGCUGCUCUGUUGUACCUCAAUUUAUACCCACUGAUUUUUACUCUCCAGCUCUUGGCUGUAAAAAGUUAAAGUCUUCCUGAUUGUAGUCCUCA